AUGGGACUUAUUAAAACUGGUCUCACCUUGGCUGGUGGCUACGGGCUUAUCAAAGCCGCCUCCAAGGCCGCAAACGACUAUCACGAUGGCAAAGCCAAGCGCCACAGCCAAAAUCAACCCCAGUCUUAUCCUCACCAGCAAUAUCACCCAGGCCAGGAACAACAAAUGGGGUACACGUACCCGAACCAGAUGAACAAUACCUUCUCUCAGCCACAAUCUCGCGCCGUCGAGCACCAAAUGAAACAUGGAGAGCCAACCCCACCCCCAUACCACCAAGUAUCGAACUUCGAAAUGCCCCACCAGACACAACAUGGGUCGGCUCAGGAAUACUAUUCAGGAAAAUCGAAGUAG